AUGAUGUUAUACAUUGGUCUUAUGCUGAAUCACAUGAAUUCUUUCAUGUCUUGCAUCACAGCCGACUGUGCAAAGGACGUGUGCUCUCGAAAUCCUUGUUUGAACAAUGGAACAUGUCGUGCUUCGUCUGGUUCCACGUACGAAUGCAUGUGCCCGUUAGGAGUGGUCGGGGUCCGAUGCAAUACACCGGUUACUAUUCAUCUGCCUGCCUACACAGGCAACUCGUACACGGUGUAUAAAGGACUGCAAGGCACUUCACGAUCACAGACUUCAUUGAUGAUCACUUUGAUGCCUCGUAGUCCCGAUGGAUUGCUUAUCUAUGAGGGUCUGAGUUCGGACAAACGGGGAGAUUUCAUUUCGAUACUACUGACCGACGGGCAUUUAGUAGCCGUCUGGGACUUGGGAUCCGGUGCAGCGUUUCUGAGAAGUACCAACAAAUUGGCAAUGGAUACUUGGCACACCGUGGAGUUUUGGCACAUUGGUCGAGAGGGGUUUCUGCGCCUGAACAGCGAACCCGAACUACAGUCAGCGUUCUCUGUGGGCGAUUUGGUUCAGCUGACACUGGGGCAAGAACUGUAUCUGGGUGGACAUCCGGAUGUGGACCACGUGGCCGCCAGUUUGACCACAUGGGUCACGAAUGAUGGCGGGUUUAAUCUGACUGGAUUUCAGGGGUGUAUUCAACAGUUGCUACUGAACGGAAUUUCGGUUCAACUAAUCGAUCAGAUGUUGCACAGUUCCAAUGUGGACAACUGCCGGGAGCAUGCUUGUUCCAGUCCCGCCUCAGCUUGCUCCAAUCGAGGCCAGUGUGUACCGAAACAAAGCGCCUUUCAAUGCUCUUGUUUGCUGGGUUAUACCGGAUCGUUUUGUCAGGAGAAAAUUAUGUUAGACAAGACAUCGCGGAUCUCUUUUGACGGUGAUGGCUAUUUGGAGUUCACCGAUCGAUCAUUUCUAAACAUGGUAAAUACUCCACAUUUCGAUAUCUAUAUGGACGUAAGAGUUCAAAUGCAAGCAGCAAAUCCGAAUGAUCGCGUGGCUAGAAACUUCUCAAGGGAUCAAAUCUUGUUGGGUCUGAUGGAGGAGACGAAUGUAGAAAAACGAAUAUUGUUGCUCACAGUUACCGCUCGCGAUCGGCUCUCAUUAUCCUGGAUUCGAUUUCAUAGCCAGUCUGGAUUGCUGAUUGAUCAGCUGCCGAAAAACAGAACGACGGCGACGACGAUGACGGCUAUGAUGACCGCAACCAUUGUUGCCAAACGUGAGUCUCCGUUUGGCCAGGAGGUUCAGCCAGGUUACUGGCAAAAAAUAAUGCUUAAGAGACGUUCCAAUGAUUAUCUAUUAUUUUUGAACGGUACUCAUACUGAAACGGUCAACUUGGAACAAGGAGGCAUCGUGCAUCCGACAUUUACAAAGCUCUUGAUCGGUGGAUUAAACAUACAAUUGCCUAUUUUUGUGGAUGGGUUUUCGGAAUCGGAUGACAGGCAACCUCUGGUUACACAACUGUCUCCGAUGGAUCGUAAGUCGGUUGGAUUUCGAGGCUGCAUUGGACACAUUCACAUGAACGGACGACCAACCAUGGCCGGGGAUGCACAGUCUGGACGCAAUGUGAAUGCUUGCGAAGAUGGGUUUUGA